AACCCCUUUCGUACAGUUUUGUAGCUCUGGUGCUUUGCGGGUGUAUAUUGCCCAUCCUCAAAUUAGGGUUCCGAGGUUCUCUUCUUCCUUGUUCCAUUUUCAAGCCAUGGGAGGAGGCAAUGGACAGAAAGCCAAAAUGGCUCGUGAGAAGAACAUAGAGAAGGCAAAAGCUGGCUCCAAGGGAAGCCAACUCGAAUCAAACAAGAAAGCAAUGUCAAUCCAGUGCAAAGUGUGUAUGCAAACAUUUAUGUGUACCACAUCAGAAGUGAAGUGCAGGGAACAUGCGGAGGCUAAGCAUCCCAAGUCUGAUGUUGGUACUUGCUUUCCUCAUCUCAAGAAAUAAACAAUAAUGAUACUUUCAGAACUUUGCUGGGAGGACUAUGAAGGUGCUGCCCUUUUAUAUUGAGGGUUCCAUAAUUUUAAAAUGAUUCUACCAAGAAUUGUCUUGUGUUAAGUAGGCUUGUAUCAAGCUUCAAAACUGCGUGUAAAAUAUAGUCGUUGUUGAAGUAAAAAUUGGUGGUAAUGUCAUUAAUAUCAGUGUUACUCUUCUUUUAA